AUGGCAGCUAUAGGCAAGCGUGAGGGAGCUUGUGGGUACAAAAGUAAGAAACAGUUGGGGAAAUAUUGCGUUGCUGGUGGACCUGGUAAUAUCAGUUGUAAGAAUAACUGCAGGGUCCAAGGAAUAUCCAUGCAUGGAUUCCCUAAGACUGAAGGAACUCUGCGAAAUUUGUGGAUAAAGUUUGUCCAACGACAUCGACCGAACUGGCAGCCAUCGCCAUAUUCUGCAUUAUGCUUGGCUCAUUUUGAGGUGCAUUUCUACCUCCAGCGGCCAGACAUCACUGUUAAUCAGUUAGACACAGACAACUCCUUUCAAACAAAGAAAAUGUUGGACAGAAAAAUAGCCUAUCCUAUGAUUGAUACUGUUCAGCCUGAGCGAGAAGUGCAUAAUAUUUCUGAUCGUGAGCAUAGGAAGGUAUGAUUGUGUAUAAAUAUGUAGUUUGUUGACAAAAAUUGAAUGUGUUGUAUUUAUCUCGCAAAGUAUAUUUCUAUACAUUAAUAUUAUAUUGAUUUUUAUUGAUAUGAUCGUUUAUGUUUUGUAGAUUUUGCGUGAUAUAGGAGGUCAUUCAAGCACGACCGAUUUCGGUGAUUUGCCGCACAAGAAGCCGAUGCCAACAACGAAGUGAUCGAAGUAUUCCAAGACGCUGUAAUCGAAUUUACAUGCAGUACACUGAAGGCAAAGGCAGAUAUUGCAUCUAACUUUCCUGAUUUGUGACUUCGCCUGUUUCUUCUUCCACUGAUUGUGAAAAAUGCGAAUUGUUUGCUGAGGAGAUUCGUCGGUACAAAGACAAUUUGAGCAAGUGUAAAGCGAGAAACAGGAGACUGAGAAAACAGUUCUGUGACCAGAAACAAACUAUAACACAACAGACCAACCAGGUUUGUUUUCCACUUUAUAGUGAAUCAUUCUACAAUUCAUAAAUGAAAUAUACAGUAAUCAGUAUAACUAUAUUUGUGUCUCGUGUUCACAACAGAAAACACAAACCAGGCAGUGAAUUCAAUAUAAUUAUAUAUUUAUAUUAUCCUGGCACAGGUUCAAUUCCUUCCACAGGUUCAAUUCCUUCCAGAGGGCCUAUAUAGUUAAAUUUUUGCUACUGGUCCUGGUCUAAAAAUCAUUUUAAUUUCCUUUCAAUAGCAACAAGAAAAUCAGAUGGAAGACAUUCCUGAACAGCCUGAAGAAAAUGAGAGUCAAGACAUAUUGGUGGAAGAAAGUUAUGAUGAGCCUCCUGAUGAAAGUCAGACCGAAUCGGAUGAAGAAAGUGAUUCCGAGGUUCCAUGGAAAGCGAUGGAAGAAGAAGCUGAAGAGAAUGAUUAUGGCAACGAUGAAGAACUGAAUAGGGCAACACAAAAUACUAUUAGGUAUGAUAGACAUUACAUAUUUAUUAUGCCUUUCAAAAAAUUCUCAGGCCAGAAAAUACAACAUGGUUUUUACAUAAAGCAUUUUUAAUUAUCUCAGUGACAAUAAAACAUUGUAUACAUUGACAACUUAUGUCAACCUGCGACAAGCAACAACAAAAAUGUGCUUGAGAUAACCUGCACACCCUAUUUCAUUGGUGUUGAAGCCGUGUGUGACAACAACCGGGUGUCCCAAGAAAAACUGUACACUGUUUGAUUUAUUGUAACAUAAAAACUAUAAACGCUAUCGCACUUGAAAUUUCAUUGAAUUCGGAAAAAGCUAACUUAGAUUUUGAUACAUAACAUUUAAUUUUCCGUGCAAAUUUAGUAAUAUUCCAAAGUUUCGUUGCGAAAUGUUGUAAAAUGCGGAUAAUAUAGCAAUGCGAAGUUUGCCGUUUUUCAGUCAUUUUGUAUUACGCACGGGAAAUUGACAGCCCAAUCGGGUGUUGGGGCAUCAAUUUUCCGUUUGUAAUCUAAAAUGACUGAAAAUUGCAAACUUCGCAAGGGUAUAUUAUCGUUACAACAUUUUGUAACGAAACUUCGGAAUAUUACUAAUUUUGUGAUGCUCUUUCAAGCUGUGAUGAAAUUUUUGUCUAGAUCAAAAUUUAGUCUAUAAUGCAAAUGGUCCAUUGGCUACUUACUAUAAUAUCAUCUUUUAUGUACCAUUGACUGAAUCAGUGUACCACCUAAUGUGUCAAAUGCCAAGACGAACCAAAGUUCAUAGUGUUCUAUAGUACACUAUAAUGUAUGCAUGGAAAUACGAUGAACCUGCCAUACUGCAAUGGUGCUAAUGUAUUCAGCAAUAACAGUUUGUCAUAUUGUUCGGUUCUCUCUGAGCCAUGACAAGCUGCCCACAGCCUACCAUGACGUUCGGGCACAAACGUACUCAAUUUUAUAUACUGUAAUGAAAACUACUUUUCAGGUUAUGUUGAAAAGAUCAAAGAAAUUAUGUUCAAAACGUCAAAAGAAGAGAGAGAAAAGAUCAAGAAAAAUUUAAAGCAAAAUGCCCAGAACCUUUGAACAGACAAUUUCCUGAGAGAGCAACAAAACAAGAUGCCAUAGAAAAUGAUGGUUUGAGGAAACGGAAGAUUGCCCAACUAUUCUCACCAGGUAAAUCAUGUUUUCAAUGAAUCUAUCCAAACUUAUCAUAUUAAUCUAAAAAGGGUUAGAAAAUUGCCUCGACAAAUUAGUAAAAAUUAAAAUGUCUAUUUCUUAUUAUAUAGGUGAAGAUCAAGAAAAAGAAAAGGAAAAAGAGAAAGAACAAGCCUCCAACCAAAAAAAACAAGUUGCUGCAAAAAAGUAA